UUAGGCCACCUCACAGAUCUUCUUUGUCUGCGUUCUGUGCAAUGUAUUCUGUUUAUACCUGGAUUCUUUUGAUAGUUCAAUUCUCCAUGAUAACAAGGACUGUGAGAUCACAAGAAUUCUUCGAAGCAGGUCGAUGUCGUACUUUGGAGUUCAGGCCUGAAAGUGCGUUUGACGGAAAACGCCUCAUGAACCACGUAAUUCGCAUAGUUGAUGUCAUGGUAAAGGACUUUUGUGAAACUAUGUGUUAUUUGGAACCCGACUGUAUCAGCAUUAAUCUUGGUAAACGAGCGGACGGACAUGGAGUGUACAAAUGUGAAUUAAAUAAUGUUACCCAUGAAGGACACGAAGACAAGUUAAAGGAUAAUGAAAGUUAUUCUUAUAGUGCAGCUGAGAGCGCCUGUGCAAAAAGUCCCUGCAAAAACAACGCCUCUUGUCGGAGUGGUUAUACCGACGUUGGAGAUCACUGUCUGUGUCCUGUUGGAUUUAGUGGUCGGGCUUGUGAAAAAGGACCUACUACUUGCAAGGAAGCUCAUGAAAAGAACCUGAUAAAAGAAAGCACUUUGGUUACCCUCCUUCUUGAUUCAAAACCAGUCUCCCUUCUUUGUUACAUGGGGGACUUUGGAUGUGGAGCUGGGGGAUGGACGCCGGUCAUGAAGAUUGACGGCAAGAAGGGAACUUUUCACUUUAACAAACCUUACUGGACUGAUAAAAACAACUAUAAUCCUUCUGGCGGGGAGACCGGGUUCGACGAUAAAGAAACUAAGUUACCCUCCUACUGGAAUACUUCCUUCUCUAAGAUCUGUCUUGGAAUGAAGAUCGGCAAUCAGACUAACUUCAUAGUCAUUAAUAAACAGGCGGACUCUUUGUACUCACUGAUCGCUGACGGGAAAUACCGCGAAACGUCAUUAGGUCGCGAUAAGUGGAAGGAGAUUCUUGGCGCAAACGCUUCUUUGCAGACCAACUGCAACAAGGAAGGUUUCAAUGUUGUUUGUGAAGCCAAAGACUCCCCUAAAGCCAGGAUUGGUAUCGUAAGCAACCAACAGAACGACUGUUACACAUGCAACUCAAGAAUCGGAUUUGGAACAGGGGGGCCCCCGGAUAAUUCAAACACAUGUGGCAAUGAAGCGAAUUCGUUCAGUCCGGAUAAUGGGAUAAAACAAAUCAAAGCUAUGGGAUACAUCUUGGUUCAGUGAGGAGCAUUUAACAAUCAGAACGAAGUCUGCAUCUAGCGAUCACUUUAUUGAUCGAAAUUUAAGAGAGCCUAAUUAAGGCGAGGACGAGUCAGCUAAAGACAACUUUAGAUCUUACUUAUCUUGAUCAUGACAGGUUUUUGUCACUUUAUGUGUC